GAAGAAGAGGGUGUACCUGUAUUUUGUUAUUCAUUCUUAUGGUAUUUUCAUUUAUAUUAAGUAGUAAUUUUGAAAGAAGGUUAUCGCAAUACUAAUGAUACCUAUAAUUACUUUGACCUUGUGUAUGUUUCAAGGUUUGAAAACUUUGAUAAUGUAAAAAUUUCUCAACCUUAGUUUCAAACUUGUAAAUUUGAACAUUUCUAAAUAUUUAUAUCUGAAAACUGUUUACUGAAUACUUCUGUUACCCACUGUACAUGUCUCCUGAAGUUUGAAGCAUUAAUUUUAACAAGACACUCGAGGGCUAAAAGAAAUUAUAAACAUGGACUGCAAAGAGGAAGAGCCGGAGAAGAAGAAUGUCUUCCAUUUGAACAUUUUAAUUCCCCUCAUUAAAAUUUUGGACAUUUACAUGCCCGUUAAGAAAGACUUAAGUCCAGAUGAAUUUUGCAUCAUGCUAUUUUCGAAGAAGGUACAGAAAGAACGGUGCGAAUUCGACUACGAUUUUCUGAAAGAACGUUUUGAUAAUCUUGAAGAUCUUAAGGCGUUGUCAACUUCGGAGCAGGAUUUAAUCGUCGAUUUGUUCAUGAACAUUGUUCGUUAUGAUUUGUUCUUGAAAGCUAUAAGCAAAGACUUUUUGGAUCAUGUUCGUUGUCGCAAUUGUGAGUUGCAUGAAUUUAUGGUGCUCGUGUACAUUCUGUCAUACAGAAUCAUCAAUCUCUUCUUCGAAGAGUCAAUCGACUGCUUCGUUCAUUUCAAAGUGAAGAGAAUAUUGUCCCUAGUCGUUUAUCUUCUUCGUUCAGAAACGUCAGAUCAGUUCUAUGAAAAAGGUUGCCUGUCGUUCGAGGAAGAUUUCGUAGAACAAAAACUUGUGCUGCCAUUUUUAGACGCCACAUCAUGCUUAGAGAAACUUCGGGAUCAGUUAAGAGAAUAUAUACGAAAGAUGAAGAGACCUAAACCGAAAUUGACGAUUCCGUUGUUUAUGAACGUUUUGAAUCGACCGAGACCGCCGACGAAGGCGCCUCCUCCCACACCUGAAGUGAGUAUUUAUUUCACUCACUUUUUGAGAUUUUUGAGAAUUAUUUGUGAACGAUUAGCUAACUUUUAAGGAUGAAAUAAAUUGUAAUAAAAAUUGUUGCAUUGACUAUGAUAAUUGUAGGAUAUUAAUUCUUAUUGUUAGUGUUAUUGUUAAUUAAUUUUCAGUUUUUAAAGAUGACUUCAAAG